UGAUUCCUCCACUCCGGCCUUGCCCGACGAUCUCCAGCUGUCCUUCAAUCAAAUUAUCAACCCAACGCCAUUUCGGCGCUCCCGCUUCCCACAGGAGUCACAGCUCAACAAAUCCCUACCCAAAUCCACCUCCCCGCCCCCCACCGCCAUGGCUCCCCCACCAACCUCGCGCUGCCUCGCCCUCGCUCUCAUCCUCAUCGGCGCCCUCUGCGCCGCCGCCGCCGCCGCGCGGUUCGCCCCGGCGGACAACCACCUCCUUGCGUGCGGCGCGGCGGCGCCCGCCGUCCUCCCCGACGGCCGCCGCUUCGUGCCGGACUCUGGCUGCGCAUCCACCCGCCUCCGGUCAUCCUCCCCGUCCCUCUCCUCCGCGGCGCCGCCCGGCUCCCCGCCGCCGCCGUCCUCGCUCCUCGCCUCCGCUCGGGUCUUCUCCUGCCGCGCGUCCUACGACCUCGAUGUCCGCCGCCGCGGGCACCACAUCCUCCGCCUCCAUUUCUACCCCUUCGUCCCCGCCCUCGCCGCGGCCCGCUUCCACGUCGGCGCCGGGGGGCUCCUCCUCCUCCACAACUUCACGGCCUCGUCCCCCGUCGUCAAGGAGUUCAUCCUCCCCGUGGACUCCGACGUCCUCGUGCUCACCUUCGUCCCCGACUCCGGCUCCACUGCCUUCGUCAACGCCAUCGAGCUCGUCUCUGCGCCCGAAGAGCUCGUUGGCGACAUCGGCACCCUAGUCACGUCCGGCGGCGCCGCUCAGAUACACGAGCUGUCGUCUCAGGUGUUUGAGACUCUCUACAGGAUCAACGUCGCGGGGCGCAAGGUCACGCCAUUCAACGACACACUGUGGCGGACAUGGGUUAACGAUGAGAAAUUCCUCAUCGACACCGACUCCUCCAACUACAUGGUGUGGUCGUCCAGUGGCCGGAUUGCUUAUCCCAAGGGUAGCAAGCAGAUGACAAGAGAAGUGGCUCCUGACAAUGUCUACAACUCUGCAAGAUCCGUGAGGCCAGGGGUGAAUGUGACUUGGGGUUUCCCUGUGCCUGCUAGCAGCCGGUACCUUGUGCGUAUGCACUUCUGUGACAUUGCUAGCAAGGCUCUGUAUGAGCUCUACUUCAAUAUCUACGUCAAUGGUGAUCUUGCAGUCAAGGAUUUCGAUCUCUCCAGUGCAACUGGAUUCUUGGCCUAUCCUUAUUACAUUGACUUUAUCGUCGAUGUGAAGGAUGAGGGGAUACUGAAAUUGGCGAUUGGUGGCUUAAAGAAGAGUCGAUCUGAUGAAGUAAGUGGUAUCCUUAAUGCACUGGAGAUAAUGAGGAUGAACAAGACCAGUGGAGGUAUGGAUGGAGACUUCCCAAUUGAUCUACACAUGGAAUAUGUGGUGAGUAAGGGGAUUGGAGAAUUUGCCCGCUCCCUGCUCUGUGGUUUCAUCUUUGUUGGGUUGUUUGUGGCUUUGGUCACGCUGAUGGUGAGGUUGAGGACCGAGUUGAGGAAUAACGGCACAGCUUGGUCCUGGAGACAGAUGAACUCCGAUGAAGGGAAACUGGCCAGAACAUAUCAGCUUGUGCCCAGUAAGACGGACUAUUGAAUAUUGCAGGCUGGGCAUCUUUGAGGAGUGACAACCUGCGGCUGUUGUGUGCAUCUAAUCACAUCAUACUUUUUAUUAAGUUGUAAGUACUGUAGUUUUAUCACCUCUCUAAAAGUAUUGUAGUUUUGUAUCAUCACUCCUUUCAUGCUUGGACUUUGCAUUCUCCAUGCUUUGUCAAUGGUCAAUGGAGGACAUGCUCAUGAUGCUGUAAAAGUACUCUACCCUAGAUGUGGCUGUAUUGCUAUUGCCUCAUUUAUUCAGUUUGACUUCUGAAACAUGGAUUCACAGCUGAAUUGCAUUUGAAUA